AUGUCUGAAUCACAAACAAGUUCAGCAUCUGCAUCAACAAUUUUGACUAUUUCAAGUGAUUUACCAUUGGAUGAUCCAUUAUCAUUGGAAAAAACGGUGAAGGAUUUGCCGAAAAUUUCGAAUUCAUUUCAAAAUGCUGAAUUAAAUUCUGUGAAUUGCGAAAAUUUCCAAACCAAAAAUGAUGAAACUAUUAUAGCAGCACCUGUAUCUAUUUUAAAAAAUGCAAAUCCUGAUAAGGUUGAAUUGGAAUUAUCUGUGGAUGCUCAAAAAUCAUUACGAAAUGAUAAUCAGGAUGAAGUUCAUCAUGUAAUAUCUCAGGAGACGAACAUCAAGACGAAUGAUAAAGUUGAAAUUAAAGGGAAACAAAAAGUUGUGAUAAGGGAGAUGUUUGAAAAUGAUCCAUCAAUUGAUACGAUGAAAGGUGACAUUGGUGAUAAUGAAGUGAAAAAAUCAGUUAAUAUUCCUAUUAUUCGGAAUGUUGAAUUUAAAAUUGAAAAUGAUGAAGUAUGUGGGAAGAAUUUGGAAUCGAUGGUGACAAAUUCAACAAAUAUCACAGAUGAAAGGAAUAAUGCUGAAGUUAAAACUUCUGAAAUGAUGAAAUGCUCUGAGGAUAUUGUCCUAGAAGCUAAUGGAAAUCGAGUUGACGCAAAAAGUCCAAAUCGGACAAUGUCCGAAAGUCCUCCUGGUGCUACAGAUAGUUGGAAAAAUGCUACAAUUAAUAUGAAUCAUUUACUUGAUGAUGGUACUCGAAGUGGUGAUAUACAAUCAGCUUACAAUACGACAUUUCGAAAUCAUCAAACAAAAAUUAUUUAUAAUAAUAAAACAUUGAUAUUUGAUUUCGAUGUAUUUGUACGAUGA